AUGAGGUGGGCCAAGCGAAGUAAGAAAGCCGGGGAUUCCUCGCCGUUCCCAGAAACGCGACAGGAUCCUACUGUUAGGGCUCGACAUCCUAUCCUUUCCAACUUUAAUAUUAUCGUACUAUUUGUUACAAUAUUUGGGUUACUAGCGACUUUUGUCCCGGUUGGUUCGAUAACUCGUGGAUGGACGGCGAAGUUAUGGACAGGUAUUCACGUUGGACAAGACCCGGUGACAGAGGCACAUAACAGUGAUGAAUAUGUUAUCGGAGUGGGCAAGGCUGAUAUUACUGGCCCUUGUAUUGAGAUCAACUUGAUGGGAUAUGCAGACCCUCACCAGAUCGGAACUGGUUUACGUCAACGUCUCUAUUCUAGAGCUUUUAUCGUAGCUGAUCCCGCCAACCCAUCCGAUACCUUCGUCUAUCUUGUUUUAGAUACCCAGUCUGGUGAUACGGCAGUUCGAUAUGGCAUCCUCUCAGGCCUACAUGACCUUGGGCCUGAAUACGAGAACUACGGCCACCACAACUUAGCUGUGACCGGAACUCAUUCUCACUCAGGCCCCGGGGCAUGGCUCAACUACCUCUUACCUCAGAUCACAAGCAAGGGUUUUGAUCGACAGAGUUAUAGAGCUAUAGUUGACGGCGCCAUCCUAUCCAUUCGCCGUGCUCAUGAAAAUCUUGCACCGGGACGUCUUAGUGUUGGAUCUACCAAAGUCUUUGGAGCCAACAUCAACCGCAGUCUUUUCGCGUACCUCGCAAACCCGGAAGAUGAACGUGCAAGAUAUAAUGUCAGUUCUGAAGAUGAUGGAUCUGUGGACAAAGACUUGACCCUAUUGAAAUUCCAGCGGAUAUCUGAUGGCAAAAAUAUUGGUGUUCUGACCUGGUUUCCUACCCAUGGCACUUCUGUGCUUGGAAAUAACACAUUGAUAUCUGGUGAUAACAAAGGCGUAGCGGCAUAUUUGUUUGAGAAGAGUGUUAUUAAUGAUGAGACUGCAGCUAAGGGAUUUGUUGCCGGCUUCUCUCAGGCGAACGUCGGUGAUACUAGUCCUAAUGUCCUUGGGGCAUGGUGUGAGGAUGGUACAGGGCAAAUGUGCAGUUUUGAGAAUAGUACUUGCAGCGAUGGCAGGUCUCAGAAAUGUCACGCUCGAGGUCCUUUCUUCAGAGAGAACGAUGAAGGCACCUCGUCUUGUUUCGAGAUUGGGAAACGUCAGUUUGAGCCUGCUCGGAAACUAUAUGAUCAACUCAACUCGGCAUCAAAUCCAGUCCACGGAGGCUGGGUUAAAGCUUUCCACACCUUUCACAAUAUGUCAAACCACCAGUUUCAAUUGCCCAACGGAACAGAGGUCAUGACUUGCCCUGCUGCAUUAGGCUACUCCUUUGCAGCCGGUACCUCUGACGGACCAGGCGCUUUCGACUUCACGCAGCAUAGUAGCAAUCCUUCGAAUACCUCACCGAUAUGGCGUGUGGUCGGCGGCAUGCUCAAGGCGCCAUCAAAGGAGCAGAUUGCCUGCCACGCUCCCAAACCAAUCUUACUCGAUGUCGGCGAAGUGUACAGUCCGUAUCAAUGGACUCCUAACGUGGUUGACGUACAAGUCUUCCGUGUUGGACAGUUGGUGAUUAUUGUUAGUCCGGGUGAGGCCACAACCAUGGCUGGACGGCGUUGGAGGAAUGCCGUCAGCGAUCGGAUCCUGUCGUCCUUCGCAGACGAGACUCAAUCAACACCACCCGUAGUUGUUCUGGGUGGUCCUGCAAACAGCUAUACGCAUUAUAUCAGCACGGAAGAAGAGUACGGGAUUCAACGAUACGAAGGUGCGAGCACACUCUACGGGCCGCAUACCUUAGCAGCAUACAUCAACGUUACCUUAUCCUGGAUUCCUUACCUUAGUUCAUCGGCUAGCAGCCGACCACCAAUGGGACCGGAGCCACCCGAUAAUAGCAAUCGAAGUCUUAGCUUCAUCCCUCAAGUCAUCCACGAUUCGCCUCCACUCUUUAAGAAGUUUGGACAGGUCAAGCAGGAUGUAGAAGAGACAUACCAAAAGGGCAGGUCGGUAACAGCGACAUUCGUCGGCGCCAAUCCAAGGAAUAAUCUCAGACUCGAGCGGAGCUAUGCCGUAGUCGAAAAACUCACCAAGGCUGCCGGAUCGCCGGAUGAAACGCUAGACGCAUGGAACGUAGUCCGCGACGACCGCGAUUGGCACCUGGUAUUCCGCUGGCGCCGCACUAGCGAGCUCCUCGGAACCAGCGAGGUGGAAGUAACAUGGGAGACGACGGACCCGUGGGCGGAGCCGGGGCGGUAUCGGAUCCGGUAUUUUGGAGACGCCAAGAACUUGGCGGGGAAGAUCACGGAGUUCGAGGGUGUCAGCGGCGAAUUUGAGCUGGUUCGAUGA